AUGAUUAAUAUUGCAGAAGAAUUCCUACAGUCGGCUACCGUUGCUAUCUGUGUUAGGCUGAUUGCCAGCCAAAGCUCGUCCCACCAUUCCUUUCACUCUUUUGUCUUUAUCUCUACACAAUCUUUCCUCUGUCGUUCUAUCUUUUUAUCCUCCUCAGUAAAUUUCUUUGCCUUCUAUAUCCUCUUCCUUCACAUCUAUCUAUCUAUCUAUCUAUCUUAUUCUGUACGUAUCUAUCUAUCUAUCUAUCUCAUUCUGUUCGUAUUUAUCUAUCUAUCUAUCUAUCUAUCUAUCUAUCUAUGCCUUUUCAUUUUUAUCUGUCAAAGUUUAUCUUUUUUUUUGAAAUUUUUUCUUUCAUAUUUUUAUUCUUUAUGGUCUAUUCACAUUUUCCCUGAUUUUUUUUGUAUUUUUCUACUUUUUCAUUCUUUUUUUCAUUUCUUUUAUUCUUUUUUCCUUCUCCUUUUUCUAUGUUGCCUUUCCUUUUCUUUUUCAACUCCAUUUUUCUUACCACUUCUUCCUCUUGUUGUUUGUCCUUCAUUUUCUAUCCCUCCCUUCAAUUUGUCCCUUCUUCUUUCUCUUCUUGCUAAUUGUUCUUCUUUUUCUCUUUCCCUCCUCCCACUUAUUUCUUCUCCUCAUUCCUCAUUUUAUUUAUGA